AACACAGACCAGAGUUUAUUCAGAUUACCAGCACGGGUACAGCAGAGACAAUGGCUUCAAGAGAAGGAAGAAUAGGACUCUUAACUGGACUACUGCGUGGACCAGAACAUGAAGAUGGAGCAAAAGAGGGUGUACAAACACAAACUCCCAGCUCCUCUGAAAUCAGGAUUGUGCUGUUUGGGAAAAGUGGAACUGGGAAGAGUGCCUCAGGAAACACCAUCCUGGGAAGCAAGGAGUUUGAUUCGAGGGUCCGCUCCAGAUCAGAGACUAAGGGGUGUGUUAAGAGAACAGGAGAAGUUGCUGGGAGACGUGUUGCUGUGGUCGACACACUGGGCUUGUAUGAUACGAAACUGUCUCAAAAGGAAGCUAUAUUUAAUGCUGCGCAAUGCAUCACCAAGUCUGCCCCGGGACCCCACGCUUUCCUCCUGGUGAUACAGGUGGGCCGAUUCACAGAGGAAGAGAAGAGAACAGUGAAGCUAAUCAAGGAGAGAUUUGGUGGGAAAGCUACAAACUACAUAAUGGUCCUUUUUACCCGCGUGGACGAUCUGGAGGAAGGGGAGACGAUUGAGCAAUAUGUUAAAGAUGCUGAAGAUGAUCUCGAGCAGCUGAUAAUGGAAUGUGGGAACAGGUAUCAUGCCUUCAACAACAAAGAAAAGAACGAUCGCACUCAGGUCACAAAGCUCAUAGAGAAAAUAGAAGCCAUGGUGACAGCAAACAACAACACCUACUACACCAGUGAGAUGUUACAGCAAGUAGAUGAAAAAAUAGAAAAAAGAAUAAUAGAGAUCAUGAAGGAGAAGAAAGAGCAAAUAGACCUGGAGAUAGAGAAGCUGAAGGGAAAGAACCAGCACAAGCUUCAAGAGGAAAUGAGGCAGAUAGAAGAGGAAAUCCAAGACAAAGAAGAGAGAGAAAUGAAAAUGAGAGAAUUAAUGUUAGAGAAUGACAAAAAACAACAGAGAGAAUGCACAUCAGCAUUGACACAUUACAAGCAAGGAGCAAGAGAAGAAGCAGAAAAAUCCCCAAAUACAAUACAAUACAUAAUAACAGUAUUGAAAACGUGUUAUGUAACAAAGGUAAUAGGAGUAGCAGGAGCAAUUCUAUGGGGCCUAGCAGAGGCAGCAGGAGCAGUAACAGUAACAGCAGCAGUAAGAGGCCCAGUAGGGGCAAAAGCAGAGGAAGCAGCAUGGGAAGCAACAGUGGCAAGAACAGGAGCAGGGUCAGCAGUAGAGGCAGGGGCAGCAGUAAGGUCAGCAGCAGGGGCAGGAGUAGGGCCAGCAGCAGGGGCAGGAGUAGGGCCAGGAGUAGGAGUAGGGCCAGCAGCAGGGGCAGGAGUAGGGCCAGCAGCAGGGGCAGGAGUAGGGCCAGCAGCAGGGGCAGGAGUAGGGCCAGCAGCAGGGGCAGGAGUAGGGCCAGCAGCAGGGGCAGGAGUAGGGCCAGCAGCAGGAGCAGGAGUAGGGCCAGCAGCAGGGGCAGGAGUAGGGCCAGCAGCAGGAGCAGGAGUAGGGCCAGCAGCAGGGGCAGGAGUAGGGCCAGCAGCAGAGCGCGGAGUAGGGCCAGCAGUAAGGCCAGGAGUAGGGCCAGCAGCAGAGCGCGGAGUAGGGCCAGCAGCAGGGGCAGGAGUAGGGCCAGCAGCAGGGGCAGGAGUAGGGCCAGCAGCAGGGGCAGGAGUAGGGCCAGCAGCAGAGCCAGGAGUAGGGCCAGCAGUAAGGCCAGGAGUAGGGCCAGCAGCAGGGGCAGGAGUAGGGCCAGCAGCAGGGGCAGGAGUAGGGCCAGCAGCAGAGCGCGGAGUAGGGCCAGCAGCAGGGGCAGGAGUAGGGCCAGCAGCAGGGGCAGGAGUAGGGCCAGCAGUGAGGCCAGGAGUAGGGGCAGCAGCAGAGCCAGGAGUAGGGCCACGAGCAGGGGCAGGAGUAGGGCCAGCAGCAGGGGCAGGAGCAGCAACAGUAAAGAAAAUGUAAUAACGUGAGGUCCAGUGGAACAGUGUCAGACAGUGCCAACAGCAACAGCACACACCCAGCAUGCACUAUAUCAUGCAGAACGAAUGCUUUUGUAAUGUCUUAGAACUAUGAUUAUAAAUGUUUAGUUCUCUAUUGGGUAUUGUGAUUUCUGUAGUUAAAUCUGUGAUAGAAGAAUAUUGUUGUUCAUGUGCUGUUAAAUAAAAAUAAAUUCUCUGUGAUUGAUGGCCAGUGUCCCUGUGUAUCUGUACAUUACCAAGUAACACAUCCUGUCUGCUCUCUCCAGCAGCGCUUCCCCAGUACAGUCAGUCAGUUUAUUAAUAAUAAAAAUAAAUUCUCUGUGAUUGAUGGCCUGUGUACCUGUGUAUCUGUACAUUACCAAGUAACACAUCCUGUCUGCUCUCUCCAGCAGCGCUUCCCCAGUACAG